UCUUACGCCGCUCUAUACCCGGUCAUCGCUAUCAGUGGUCACGCCGUGGUCAGUGGUCAGUAGCCUAUUACACAAUGAAGGGAAUACUCGUGUUUGUAUCAUUUGCUAUAUUAAGCCAUGCAACUGUUAUCGUGCCGAAGAUAAAGCUAUUAGACGGUAGAAAUGUUCCGGCGUUCGCGCUUGGGACGUGGUUGGGGAAUAACACUAAGGGCCGCGUGGAGCCGUCUUCUCAUGAGGUGGAGGAUGCUGUCACCUGGGCCAUCGAGGCUGGGUACAGACACAUCGACACUGCCUUCGCGUACAAGGUGGAGGACCAGGUCGGCAGGGCUGUGGCUAAGAAGAUAGGAGAAGGAGUAAGGAGAGAAGACUUGUUUAUUACUACGAAGCUUUGGAACUCCUUCCACGCCAGAGACCAGGUGGCGCCAGCGUUGAGGGAGUCCUUGAAGAAGCUGAACUUGACCUACGUAGACCUGUACCUCAUACACUGGCCGGUCGGACAAUUUAACAACUUGACCUACGACUACACAGAUUACGUAGACACCUGGAAGGGGAUGGUAGAGGCCAAACAGCUGGGGCUGGCGCGGUCCAUCGGCGUCUCCAACUUCAACCAGAGCCAGAUCGACAGGCUGGUGCAGAGUGGGUUAGAGACUCCUGCUGUUUUGCAGGUGGAGAUAAACCUGAAUCUUCAGCAGCCAUCUCUCCUCUCGUACUGCCGAGAGAAGGGCAUCGUCGUGAUGGGUUACACUCCCUUUGGGUCCCUAUUCCCAAGCAAGGCGAAGGAGGGCGCCCCCCCGCCCAGGGUCGAUGAACCCGCACUGGUGGAGAUAGCUAAAAAAUACAAUAAGACUGUACCUCAAAUCGCAUUAAGAUAUUUGGUGGAACUAGGUGUGAUUCCGAUUCCCAAAUCGCUGACCAAAUCCCGGAUUGAAUCGAACCUGGAUGUGUUUGACUUUUCCCUUAAUCAGGAAGAGAAAGAUCUUCUGAAAAGCUAUGACAAAGGCUACAGGACUAUACCACAGCUCAAAUGGGUAGAACACCCAUACUACCCUUUUGGAGACCAAAUAUAGGAAUAUAA